AUAACCUACCAGGGACGAAAGAUGCUUAGAAAUUCAUUAAAAGAAGUUAGUAGGCAAUCCAUUUUUACUCCGAAAACUGAUAACACCUCAAUUUCUUGGCACAAUUCUCUGUUCUCCGUAUGUACGCCGAAAGACUUACAUGUUUUUGAAUUUUCUUACGACCUCAAAUGUGUUGACAAAAGAUUAGAUUUCGUCGAGUCUAUUAUUCAAACGCCGAAGUUAAGUCCUGCUACGUACUUGACAUCAAAUAAUUUUAUCAGGUUUGGUGUAAGUAACUUUGAAAUUUCCCAACUUAUUGUUGAUCCAUCAUUAUGGCCACACAACUCGCAUAUUGUCCAAGAAAUGGCUUGUAUUAUAGACUGUAAAUGGUUGCCUGAUGGUUUUUGUUUCAAUGGUGAGCCAUUAUUGGCUGUAUUAAAUAAUAUUGGAAAUGUAAACAUAUUUGGAAAAAACAAAAGAUCAUGGGAAAGUCUACUUGAUUUGUCUGAGUGUGUGAACAAAGAAUUACACUUGGAAUUACCAAACUGUGUGCAAGAUUUAAAGAUCAAAGCGGAUGCAGUAGAAUCUAGUGCCAUGUGUUUUGCACCAACAAGUAAAAACGAAUCUUGCUAUAUAGCCAUGGGACAGAAAAAUGGGAGCAUCUUGUUAUGGUCUCUUCAUAUGGAAAAAAAAAUUAAACUCCAAGCAGCUUAUCAAAGCUGCAUAAAAUCUGAUAGUAAUGAAGUGAAAUCAAUAUUAUGGAUUGAUAAGGGUAAUGAAAAUUUUUUGUUAGUAGUUUCCAAUAUAGUUGGGCAAAUCUUUCUCUACGACUGUAUAGUAAAUAGAAAUAUUAAAGUCUUGAAAACUCAUUUUAUUUGGCCUCAAAAGGAUAAAAUGAUUGCUCAGUGUUUGUGUCACACAUAUAUAAAUAAUAAAUUGAUUUUGUUCUUUAACAAACAUAGACAUUUUGUUGUUGUAAUGUUGGAUAAGGAUUACAAGGUUAUAUCACAAUUUGCUGAAGUUGUAAAUGAUUACAAAAUAUGCUCCAUUGCAGUUAAUUUAAAUGAAAUGAUCCUAGGAACUGCAAAUUUUCAAUUAUAUAGAAUAACCAUUGAUGUCAUCAAUGAGAACCUUGAUGUGAGAUAUGAUUUGAUUGAAAUAAAAGACACUUACAACAACUAUGAGUUACAUGACUUGAGUUUCUCUAAGAACAAUCAAGUGAUUGCUGGGGUUGUUGUAGACAGAUCAGUAAAUAAUAGAAUAAAAUCUAGUUGUAUUAAUAUUAUACUUUUUUCUAAUGACUCAAAUACUGAUAACAUGUCAUAUCUACUUGACAAUAAAGUCCAAUCAAUAAUUAAUUUAUGGGAUGCCAUAGAACUGUUGCGAUUAAAGAUUGUAAAAUCUAAAUCUUUGCCGACAACAGAAUUGAAUAACAUAAUUACAGAUGGUAACAUUGAUCUUUAUAAAUUAAAACUGUAUUUAGUUGUUGCAACAAUAUGGUGCAAUUUAGAAUAUAAUCUAAAAGUCCCAAGGGGAUUAUUACCAAAAAAUAUUGAAUUUGUCAAAGAGAAAAUUAUGUUAAAACAUGCACAGUCUCAACUUCAUGAGUUACAAAAAUCAAUAUCCCAUAAUAAUAUUACUGAUUUUGAUAAAGAAAUGUUUAUUGGUACAAAGAGAUAUUUAAUAUAUUACAGUAGAAAGUACAAUGUAGCUUUGGAAAAUUUAGUAUCGCUUACACUAUAUAAUUCUGUGGAAUGUGAAAGUAAAUAUAUUUGUCAAUGUUGUGAUAAUGUAAUUGAAGGUUUCUCAUGCAGCAGUGGUCAUAUAAAUAUGUUUUGUCCCAUAUCUUUUUUACCAAUAGAAACAAGUGACUAUUUAACGUGUGUAGUAUGUAAGAUUACAGUUCGAUUUGAGUUAUAUCACAAACAAACCAAAUGUAUAUUUUGUGAUCGAUAUUUGCAGAAAUAUUUAUAAAUAAAAACAAUUUUUUAAUGAUAGAUUUUAUUUAUUAUUUUUAUAAUAUACAAUGUCUUCAAAAAUGUAUCACAUUAUAUGCAAAGAAUACUGCUAGGCAUAAUCAAAAGAUCAAAUAUUAAAUUAAGUUUUAUUUUACAAUCAGAAUUCAAUAACUAACUUUUGUAUUAUCUUUACAUAGAACAUUUUGUACAAAAUGCUGUGCAGGUCCAUAAUGACGAAUUUCCAAAAUGUUCCCCGAUUUCAAUAUGUGCCCUCACUAUUAGGAGCAAAAGUUUAUAUGAAACUAAUUCACACAAAAAUGUUAUUUUUGGACGUCUGUCGAAGUUCGUGACUUGUGUUACGAGAUAUUUACUCAACGAUACCAAAACUUGAGUGUAGUUUUCACAUUUAAUUAACUAAAUCCUUCAGCUUCCGCCGGUCUAUCUUGCCCGACGGUAGAAGCGGCAUUUCUUUGAGAAACAGCACGCCUCCCCGUAAUUGUUUCGCAUCUGAUAGAUUAUCUGUGAAUAAAAACCGGGAUUAGUAUUAUUUUGUAAUACUAUGACGGUUUAGGUAGAUAUAUGUUAUCGUUGUAAACACGUUCCUUUUAAACUUUCUUUAAUGUAAGCUAUUUCCCGAAAAACGGAAAUAAAGACUAUAGGACUUGACCACAAUGCACGGCUUGGCACGGCACGUUCUAGAAUUCUCCGCAUCGAUCGUGUUGUUCUGGUACUGCGUGACGAAGAUUGGCAACCUAUACACGCAACAGUACGCAAAAACAAUUCGAAGGUACGGAAACUACGAUGCGUCCAUAUCUGCGUUUACCUGAUUAUUUCGAAGUACGACUUCGCUGCCAACAUACAUAGGUAAAUGUAAACACAGGCCAGAGACAUUUUCGGCGUGACCGUGGAAUUCCGUGGUCGUAAAAAGAUUUUCGUUUCUCACUUCGUUCAGUGUUUACCUUUCACUAAAUUAAUUAUAUCUUCAGCCUUUACGUCACUCCCUGGUUGAGGUACAACAACCGCUAUAGGCAAAUCCCCAAACUCUGGAUCUGGUCUGCUAGUCACCACCACGUCAAGAAUUCCUGGAUGUGUGUGUAUCACUUCCUCCAAUUCCAUAGGGGAUAUCUGA